AUGGUCGGCGCGAAUAAAGUCCAGAUCCUGCCUGUGAGGCGAGCCUUGAGUUCUGUAUCUACGAGUGGUAGUAAGAACGACAGUGUGUCGCUGUCGAGUGAUAGCGCUGACGAUGAUGGCGAGGGUGGCGGACCUUCGAAGAAGACGAAGAAACCAAGGACUAGCAAGCCUAAAGUCAGGACUGGAUGCACGACAUGCAAGAUCAGGCGUGUAAAGUGCGAUGAGACAAAACCUGCCUGCACGCGGUGUACAACUACUGGCCGAAAAUGCGAUGGCUACUACAUCCCUCCUCGAAAGAAUGCUCGCAAGGAAUCUCCAGAAGCUAGAGCACCCUCAGCACCGCUUGAAAGGUCGCUAGAUACUAUCAAAGGGACGCCCACCGAGCUCAUGGCCAUCGAAUUCUUCCAAGCCCGCGCCGGACCUUCCUUGGCUUCAUACUUCGACGCUUCCUUCUGGACCCGUCUGGUGCUUCAGAUCUCGCGCGUCGAGCCCGCAAUCCACUACGCUAUCAUAGCUGUUGGGUACUUGAAUCUGCAGCGUCAAAGUAUGGGCUCGACUCUGCAUAUGCGUCGUCCAGUUGUUAUGAACGAUCCGUUAGCCGCUUCGGUACCCUUGAAGAAGGCCAGAUCAGACCACAACGAUCCUUUUGCUCUUGCGCAGUACAACCGUGCCAUCACACUCCUGGCGCAAAGAUUGAAGGACCCGGAUGCAGCGACCGAGGUGGCGUUACUGGCUUGCAUCUUGUUUGUGUGCAUCGAGUUCUUACGUGGCGAUGUGGAGCCAGCGUUCAAGCACUUCAAAUCCGGAAUGGGUAUCGCGCUGUCGUCGCUAAAGGACUCAAAGUCGGCAGGGAAAGUACUUGUCAAUCAGCGGAUCAGGGAGAAUAUGCUACCAUUUUUCAACCGGCUGGAACUACUCGGCAUGCUGUUCGGACAGGAGCCCGGGUACGAAUAUCCCACUUUUCUCGAAGACGCAGUACCGAAGGCCUUCCACUCGGUCAGGGACGCGAGAGAUAGUGUGGUACAUCUUCUCAACAUCAACAUGAGAUGGAUCCGAAACGUGGGUAGGAGAAAGUACCAAGGCGGCCUUGAAGCAGAGGACUUUGAAAGACAAAAGGCACUACAGCACGCUACCGAGGACUGGGUGACGAAGUUGGAUGCGUUGGUGAUCACUGAUAAUGUCAGCUCGCGGGAUCUGGAUGCGGUCAGAAUGCUACGGAUACAUCAACUCGUCAUGCAUAUAUGGCUUGGAACGGCUUGUGAAAUUGAGGAAUGCACGACAGACAAGUUUCUGCCGCAGUUCGAAGCUGUUGUCGAGUUGGCGGAGUCGAUACAACAGUGUUUGGGCGAGUUUGAGAACAGGCCGACGCAGCAAGCGACUUUCUUGUUCGAUAUGGAGAUUGUGUCUCCUUUGUAUUUUGUGGGUAUCAAGUGCCGGCAUCCGCAGCUCAGGAGAAGAGCACUCGCAGUCCUGCGGUCGUCGGUAAGACGGGAAGGUCUGUGGGACAGUGAUAUGGCGGCCGUGAUCGCUGGACGAGUGGUCACGCUCGAGGAGAUCAAUCUCACAACUCUCGGCGGCAGCGACUUACCGUCUGAACGGGACCGCAUACAUAAUACACAGAUCUUAUCUAUGACUGGUGAGAUGAGUUCUCGGCAUAGUCUGACGAUCUGGAGUAAACCCGAUGGGCUGGACGGGAGAUGGGAUAUCAGGAAUGAGUUCUUGGACUUUGAUGUCGAUGCCCUGACUGAAGUGCGGUUGCGGCAGAAAUUAUCUGCGCACAACUAA